UUUAGUUGUCAUAGUGAGAUGGUGAUAUACUGGGCGCAUAGUAACGUUGAUGGACAAGGGAUAUGCCAAACGAACACUGGAGGUUCCGUACCCUUGCUGUGUCCAUUAUUAGUGUGAGCUGCAUCCACACGGAGGUUGGACUGCUUUACGCAAGGGUUCGGGAGUUUAUGUCAACAGCGUUGCCAUGACGGAGCAGGUUGGUCCUCAGCAUCACGUGGCCGAAGCUAGCAUCCUUGUAGAUGCCAGCAAGCAGCUGGAAGGUGGAGAGAGCCUUCACUAUGGAUCAUUGCGGCUGCAGCUCUGCCUGACCACACCGCCACCGACUCAUUCCGCUCAAACAACACUCCAAACGCACAGGUUAUGCCACCCCACAGGUUGACUGGAAGUCCAACAGUGAAAGAGAAGGGCUGAUCCCCCUACCCCUGAGCUCCCACCGCCGCGCCCCUCACGGUCCCCAUGGCCACAGGAGGCCAUGCCCCCGAGACAGACGUGUUGAUCAACCUGCAUCAGGUUUUGGCUGAAGAGGAGAGGGAUCCCACUGAAGCAGAGGAAGAUGAGUCUGAAGAAUUGGAGAAGGCCCUGUCUGUGGAGCGCUUUGGGGACAUCAUCUUGGAGACCGCGGCCAAUGGCGCAGAGAAAAUGGGCCGCAGCUACAAUGAGAAAGACUUUGAGUACCACCGGCACAUGUUCCACCACACCCACCACCCGCUCUCCACCCACCUCCCCCCACCCCAGCGCCUCCGCAAGAGGGUGCUCAGCAUGGACCGCCGGCGCAAGAAGAAGCGCAAGAAAAAGAAGACCUCCAUGCCCCCUUCCGAGGUGACCCCUACCAUCCACGAGGUGGACGAGGAGGAGGCCGAGUCCGGCGCUGAGGGCCAGGGCCCUGCAGCCACACCCACGGAGGCGCCUGAGGACCAGCCGCAGUUUAGUUUGGGCAGUGAGGAAGACCUGGCAGCUCCCCUGCCUUCCAGCAGCUUCCACAUGGAGAGCGAACGUCCCCCGGACCCCCAGGAAUCCACGCCUGCCAAGGAGGACUCGGAGGAGCAGGAGGAGAUGCAGGAGCGACAGGAGGAGGAGGAAGAGGAGGACGAGGCACCCAGCAGGUUCAGUCCAGUUGUGGAGCCGGCCAGUGUCAGCACGCGCGGCUGGUUCCGGCGGAAGCCCCUGCAUCGCCUUCCGGGAGUCCAGCGCACCAGCUACGACCUGCGGGAGCGCAUCUGCAUCGGCAGCAUGACCGCCAUGGAGACGGCCGUCUACCAGAAGGUGCCCACCGACGAGGCCGAAGCCCAGAUGUUGGCCAGCGCCGACCUGGACGACAUGAAGAGUCACCGAUUUGAGGACAAUCCCGGGGUGAGGCGUCACCUGGUAAAGAAGUCUUCGAGAUGCCUGGUUCCCAGGACAAGCAACAGCUCGCCUCCUCUUACCAGUCUGAAGAAAAGAAAGAGGGCAGCCGACAAGAAGACCCACGAGGUCUUUGUGGAGCUUAAUGAGCUGAUCACUGACAAGAACCAGGAGAUGCGCUGGAAGGAGACGGCACGCUGGAUCAAAUUCGAGGAGGACGUAGAGGAGGAGACUGACCGCUGGGGCAAGCCCCAUGUGGCUUCGCUCACAUUCCGCAGUCUCCUGGAGCUCCGUAGGACCAUCACUCACGGUGCCAUAUUGUUGGAUUUGGAGCAGACCACUCUGCCAGGCAUUGCCCACUUGGUGGUGGAGACUAUGAUCAUCUCGGACCAAAUAAGGGCUGAAGACCGGGCCAACGUUCUGCGGGCCUUGCUGCUCAAACACAGCCACCCAAACGAUGAAAAAGAGGGCCUUUUCCACCGGAACCAUUCGGUCAACAGCCUGGGGAGCUUCCGUAACCAUAACCACGUGCCGGACACUGCCUUGCCCCUGGUUCCCGAGGACCAUUCCGGGAGGCGCAGCAGCAAGGCGAUAGACCACGAUAAAGAGAAAUCGCUCCACCCUCUCCCCGCUGAGAGCCAUGCCGCCGCCAGGUCCAUGAAGCUCAUGGCAAAGAUUCCCAAAGAUGCUGAGGCCACUGUGGUCCUCGUGGGCUGCAUGGAGUUUCUGGAGCAGCCUACCAUGGCUUUCGUUCGGCUCAGCGAAUCGGUUCUCCUGGAGUCAGUUCUGGAGGUGCCAGUCCCUGUCCGCUUCUUGUUUGUACUGCUGGGCCCAAGUCAAUCCAAUAUGGACUACCAUGAAAUUGGACGGUCCUUCUCAACACUCAUGUCUGACAAGAAUUUUCAUGAGGUAGCCUACUUUGCCGAUGAUCGUCAGGACCUGUUAAAUGGCAUCAAUGAGUUCCUGGACUGCAGCAUUGUGAUUCCGCCCUCUGACGUGGAGGGCAAAGACCUCCUGAAGACCGUGGCCUCCUUCCAGAAACAGAUGCUCCGCAAGAGGAAAGAGAGGGAGCAGAAGAAGUGUAUGAACGCAGCGCCGAGAACAGAGCAAGAGUCUAAGGACAUGAGCACGGAUGAGCAGGAGGAAGAGGACGUGCUGGACGUGGACCCACUCAAGCGCUCUGGGAUCCCCUUCGGAGGCCUGAUCCAUGACAUCCGUCGGCGUUACCCCCACUACGUAAGUGACCUGAAGGAUGCCCUGGACUCCCAGUGCCUGGCUGCAGUCAUCUUCAUCUACUUUGCUGCACUGUCACCCACCAUCACCUUUGGGGGUCUACUGGGGGAGAAAACACAGGGCAUGAUGGGAGUGUCUGAGCUCAUCGUCUCCACGGCAACUGUGGGGAUAAUAUUCUCACUAUUAGCUGGUCAGCCACUGCUCAUCAUUGGUUUCUCUGGACCUCUGCUAGUCUUUGAGGAGGCUUUCUAUAAGUUCUGUCAGGCUCAGGGCUUUGAAUACCUGACCGGUCGGGUCUGGAUCGGCUUCUGGCUCAUCUUCAUCGUGCUGGUGAUGGUGGCAGCCGAGGGGAGCUUCCUGGUGCGCUACAUCUCGCCCUUCACCCAGGAGAUCUUCGCCUUCCUCAUCUCCCUCAUCUUCAUCUACGAAACCUUCUCCAAACUCAUCAAGGUAUUUCAGGAGCACCCGCUGAUGAAAAGCUACCCGGCGGGCCUGCCAGAUGCGGCUUUCUUUGACCCGGAGCAUCCAGAGCCUCUGCUCAACCAGCCCAACACGGCCCUGCUCUCCCUGGUGCUCAUGUUUGGCACCUUUUUUGUGGCCUUCUUCCUCAGAAAGUUCAGGAACAGCAGGUUCCUAGGCGGGAAGGCUAGAAGAAUCAUUGGAGACUUUGGCAUUCCCAUUUCGAUCCUUUUCUCUGUAAUCGUGGACUACUCCCUCCCUGACACCUACACCCAGAAGCUCAACGUGCCCUCGGGUUUCUCGGUCACAUCUCCCGACAAGCGAGGCUGGUUUAUCAGCCCCUUCGGCGAUAAACAGCCCUUCCCUGUCUGGAUGAUGGGUGCGUCGGUGGUGCCAGCCCUGCUCGUCUUCAUCCUCAUCUUCAUGGAGACACAGAUCACCACGCUCAUCGUAAGCAAGAAGGAGCGUCGGCUGGUGAAGGGCUCUGGCUUCCACCUGGACCUGCUGCUCAUCGUCAUCCUGGGUGCUAUCUGCCCGCUGUUUGGCCUGCCCUGGCUCACCGCAGCCACUGUGCGCUCCGUGACUCACGUCAACGCCCUGACCGUCAUGAGCAAGGCCACAGCUCCUGGGGAGAAGCCCAUGAUCCAAGAGGUCAAAGAGCAGAGGGUGACAGGGAUGUUGGUGUCCAUUCUAGUGGGCAUGUCCAUUGUGCUGUCGGAUUUGUUGCGGAUCAUCCCCCUGGCUGUGCUGUUUGGUAUCUUCCUCUACAUGGGGGUCACAUCUCUGACUGGUAUCCAGCUAUAUGAGCGCAUCACCCUUAUGUGCACACCCGCCAAGCACCACCCUGAUCAUAUUUAUGUAACCAAGGUGAAGACCUGGCGCAUGAACAUGUUCACCAUCAUCCAGCUGUUGUGCAUCGUGCUGCUGUGGGUGGUGAAGUCCACGGUGGCGUCGCUGGCAUUCCCCUUCAUCCUCAUCAUGACCGUGCCGCUGCGACGCCUCAUACUCGCGCGCAUCUUCGAGGAGCGCGAGCUCCAGGCGUUGGACGCCGAUGAGGACUCACCCAACUUCGACGAGGACGGCCGCGAUGAGUAUAACGAGAUUCACAUGCUUGUUUAGCCACAGCCACAGUCACAACCCAAGCCCUCGUGAGCUAGCCUCUCUACCACCAACACUGACUAAUCCAAGCAAGCCACCGAACGAGAACUCUUGUUGUGACUCGGGUAUGUGUAUCUCAUGGAAGUAUGCGACGACUACCAUCAAAGCCUGUAGCAACACUCCUACACACAGGGAAGUUGAGUGUGAAUCUUCACAGCUUGUAAUUAGUCUAUGUAAAAAAAGAAGAUGAAGAAAUGAAGAAGUACCAUGUUUCACUGUUCCUUUUUGCUUAUGUCUUUUUACUUCUUUUACUGUUUUUUAAAUAUGUAUUUUGUCCAAAGAAGAGGCCUCCCAAUUUAGAAGCAUUAGAUAUGGACCAUGCACCUUAAACUCCUUACGCCAUAGUUCAAACAGACUCUCAUUUAACUCUGGUCAGUGACUAAAUUUGUUUGGAGCCGUUGAGUUUGGCGUCAUGGCAACGUAAACAAAAUACUCGGCUUCUCAAUCAGCUCUUGCUUUGUUUGAUUUUGUUCGACCAUAUAUAGGUAAGGCAGUUAGUGAACUGGAAACCCACUGAACAUGUUUCUACGUGUUCAGUUGAGUCUGUUGAAUCUAAAGCCCAGUAUGUGCUUUCUUAUGUACUGUAUGCACUGGCCAUAUGGUGUGAAUGUCUCUGUAGCACUUGAACUUUAAUGGUAAUACCAUUGGUAAGGGAAGGACUAGGCCAGUCUCUGUGUGCAAUUCCUGUGACGGUAUGCCUUAGUGCGGUAUGGUGGGUUUUAUGCAGUAGUGCUGUGCAGUUGGACUGAGGUCGUUCCCUUAGGCUCGACACAUUAAGCUUCUCUUUUUUAGUCACCAUAGAGCACUUAUACUAAUUCCUCUGCCAUUAUAUUCCAGUGCAGCUCCACCCAAAACAGAUGCACUGCAUGUUUUUUUAGACACAUACAUUCUUGUGUGUGGUAGCUUUUACUGUGUCUUUCUUUAUUAAAAAACGGUCAGCAUUUAGAUUCCCAUAUGAGAUUUUGAAGUCACCACCAUUGUCUUAAUGGUGUGAGUUAACUUUACAUGUAAUACCCUGAAUGAGUUUCUGUUUUUACUUUGUAUGCUUAAGUAAAUAACUUGAUAGUACUGUCCUGCCAAAAUAAUUUGAAGCCAUAGUAAUACAGGUUGGGGGGGGGGGGGGCAUAGUAAUACAGGUUGGGCUGUUAUGUGGAUAAUUUGGUUUGCUUCAUCAAUCAGUCGUCACCGUGACAUUUUCACGAUUCAUUUUGAAUGAUGCACUGAAUCGCUCCCGCUCUCUCCCGCCUUGGCACCGUACUUGGCUCCACCGCGCCCGGCCUGUCAGAUCACCGAAAGGGGUCACUGAGGGUACACGUUUGGCGUCCGUCUAAUCUGUCAAACUUUAACUGCAGUGAAGGAGUUGUGUGACCAGACCAUAUUCCAGACCCUGAUUCUGCACAGCCAAAAGAUUUAUGGUCUUGCAUUCUGGAUGCAGAGCCCCACUGCUGGAAAAUGAGGCCUUCGCCGAUGCCGUGGCCAGGCCUGUGAGUGUGACAAAGAAUGUGAAUGUAGUUUCUUGAUUAAUAACUCGCAGUUCCCUCAGCCUCCUCUGGAGAUGUGUUGUCUAGAUGUCUUUGCUCUCUCCAUCAGUGACAGAAUUGAGUCGGUGUCGAGGUGUGAGCCUGAGAAAUGUACAUGUCACAGGGUCGAGUGGUUUUGUCAUUUUCACACAGUGGUGUGGUCAAAAAUAUUAUAUAGAGAGACUUCAUUUUGUGUCUCCUUGCUGCUUUCCUGUCCAAAAUCUCCACGUAGGUGCCAGUAGUGUGGGUUGCUUUCUAGAUACAGACCAAGCUGCCCUUUCUUGGUGUGACAACUAACAGCAUGAGUCAGAGAAAGUUGCCCUUUAGACUGUAAAUAGUUUAUGUCCAUGGGUUUGCCGUCCGUUUUGUGUGGUUGUGUACAUAACCUGGGAGGAUCUUUCAGGUUGCACACGGACCGAUCCAACCUACUGCAAAGCAUUUUACACACCCAAGUGUUACUGUUUGGUCCUCUUCCCCCAGCGAAGAGUGUCAGGGCAGCUUGUGCAAUGAGUAUUUGUUUUACGAGGUGACAGGGACUAGACAUGAAGGGACUAGAAGUGAGUUACUGUACAUUUGUUUGGGAGGAACAUGGCUGUUGGUGUUUGGUAAAGCACAUUAGAAAAUGACUGCUUUUGCAUUGUUUGGAUUUGUUUGCUGCUCAGCAGGGUAUGGCAGUGCUGCGUAUGGUCCCGGGCCAGUCAGUCCACAAAGCAUCCCCCAGCUGUGUGACCGCGCUCUCUUCCACUGGGGUUCGGGGCACAGUUCGGACGCCAAAAAGAUCCCCGCUCAUUGUGUUCACUGUACCGCUGAUGCCAUAGUGGAGGUCAGAGCGAGUUUGUUACGCCAGUUGAUUUAUGGGCUUGCGAUGAUGUUUGAAUGAGCUCAAAUUUUAGGAGUGCCUGCCAAACCAGAAAAUAAAUGAUACGGCUCAGGCUAGUGUGGCAAGCUUCCUCAGUGGCUAUCUGGUUUGUGCGUUCUGACAGGAACAUGAUGAACUCGAGAGGUUUGCAGGCACUGAGAAAUGGCAAUACUGAGGAUGUGCAUUGUUAAUUACAGGGCCGGCACAAUUCUCCUGUCAGUUAGGGUGCAAGAUAUGCUAAUCCCCUCUUCCAUCCCACAUUAAUAAAGUGAAAAAAACUUGGGCCUGCUUUUCUCUUGCACUGUUUGGACCAGUUCAGUCUGAUGAACAUGAAACAGUGGAUGUUCUACGGGGUUGCUAGCUCCACAAUCUACAGAUGACUAUAUUUUACACAACGGACUGGAUUCUCCUGAUGUUUUCUGCCUUUUUGUGUUUUCCAGGUGUUGUUUAUGUUGUUUCCAUUUUUCACACUGCAAUAUAUCUUUGUGCAUGUUUGUUUCAUGCUAAGACACCAUAAAACCAACAUUAUCUCAGAACUGAUAGGAGCUAAAGCUCCAAUGAGGACAGGGCAUGUGUUGGAUCCACUAGAUGCAAGACAAAGUUUACAUUACUAUUAGAUAGCUCAAGCCACUCUUUCCCUGCCUUAAAGCGCUGGAUUGGAUUAUUCUGCAGAGAAAACCGAGAGCUUGCCCAAGGUCAUGCCUCCUCUGAUGUAAUCUCAUUGCUGGGCCCUGAUUACAGCUAGGCCCGUGUGUGUGUGCAUGAGCGUGUGCAUCCCCCCCCCCCAUAGUGCCGGCCCAGGUUACUAACACAACACUGCCAUUGUACUUCUCCUGCUUGGCAGGGGACUUUCCUCCACUGCAUGAGCCACUAUGCACAGAGUGAGAGAGACAAUACCUCAAGUUUUUCAGUUCUAAAUCAGCAGCCUCUGCCUAUGGAGCAACACAAAAUGCAAGCAGAUUUUUUUAUACUUGUGGUUUGUAUACAUGUGAAGGGGGUUUGAAAUAGCCUGGCAUCUAUAGUACCAACCUUCUAGGUAGGAGGAUAUGGUGAGAAAUCGGCGCCUUUUAGAAUUGUAGACUUGACAUUAAGGAACUUAUUUAUUUGUUUUAUACCAUUAUUUAAUCUAUACUAUUUAUUGUUUCAAUAUUACUUUUCACAAAGCACCCAUUCACGCUUUAAGAGGUGUGACUUCACCUGUUAUUAUGAUGGAAGUGGUUUUGGUGAGUUGUAGAGUAGAAAAAGGCAGUCCAGCAUUUUUGGCCCUUGAACAAAGAGACUGUGGUUAGGCACACAGCAGGUGUGACAUAGUGAAUGUAUAUAGUGCAGACAUACAGAUAUUGUUAUUCUUGACUUGUCACUUUUUGCCUGGGCUUUCACACCAAGGCUGUGGCACUCUUUGCAGUUUGCUGAGAGAUGGCAUUAGCGAGCACCACCCUUGUGAAACCUGAGGUGUGAAUGCAUCAACUACAAGGAAAUGUCUCGAAAUGUCGACAGAAUUUCCAGAGUAAACAGAAAAAAAUUGGCUGAAUCAGUCUAGGUGCUCUCUCUGAGAGAAUGGUAGCUGUUGGCAUCACAUCUGACACAUCUUAAGCAGCAGUCAUGGUUGCCAUGGCUGUAGACAGGUUGCUUUUCCCCGAAAUUGGGAAUAGCCCAGGGAGUCGGGCCCCUCGGGGAGGUGAAGGGGUCUUUGGGUUUUGGAGGGUGUGUGGAGUUGCAACAGUCAUACCUGCUUCAGUCACGUCAAGGUCGUGGUGCAGAGCAGUGGUGUAAACGAACACCCAUAUUUCUCCUUUUCAAGAAAUAAAAGAAAAAUAGCCCAGAGAAAAGUGGAGCUAUUAUUUGAGAUAAUAAAAGGUAUAGCAUUGCCAUUUCCUAAGUGUGUGUGAUUUCUUUCUUCUUUUUUUUUUUCAAACGUUGGAACCAGGAGAUAAAAAAGGAAAGAAUGGGCCUGGUGAAAGUACCUGGCAUGCACAGCGUCUGAAUGAGUUGUGUUUCGUUGGCUGAUACCACCCUGGUAGCACAGACCACCCACUCAAGAAACGAAGUGAUGUGUUAUUGUUCUGCUUUCUGGAUCAGCUGCCGUUCCUCAAGUUUCCUCUCAUUUCACUGAGUACUGUGGACACGGAAUGUGCUCCCUACUGUUCUGUCUGAUAUAUAUUUCUAUUUUUUAUAUGUUUGGUAAGAAAUAGACAAUCAGAGAAAAUGUUAGCAGUUAGAAUACAUUAAUUGUCCACUUACCAUUCAUCAUUACAGUGUACACACAGGGAAUUGUGAGAUACAUCAGCUUUGUCAAAAAGCAAAGAUUUGUUAGUUUUCCUCUUUUUUGUUUUACUGGCAAUUCACUCCACUUGAUACCCCACAGCCUCACAGUAGUGUGUGGGGAACUGAUAAUCUGUCCUAGGCUAUAACAAGUGUAAAUUAUGUGUAUUUCCGAUGGCCUAGACUUCUGAUUGUUAAUGUAUAGCAGGGAAUAACUACUAUCUAUUUAGUAACUUACACAUUUAUUGAAGUCUUGCAUAGGCUGCUCCUAGUGCUAGCACUUAAAGACCACCAUUUCCCCACAAAGGACAAACUCCAGACACUCCAGGAGGGGUGAUCUUUUAUGUAGAAAAAAGUGAUGCUUUACAUGCAAUACCAGUGUGUUGGUUUUCUGUCUGACACCUUGUUGAACAUGUGAGUGACAACCAGAAUUCUUGUUAAUCUCAACCUGUUAAGAGGUGUGGUCUGUCGGUGAGAAAAAAAUAAAAUAAAAAAGACAAACAUUUCUUGUAAGUUAAUAUAUGGUAAAUAAUGUAUUACUUUAGCAUUAGCAAUACCAGAAAUACUAAUGUUAUGUGGAUAUUCUAAUAGCAGAUAAACAUGCUAUUAUU